GUUAGGUUCUGCAAAAAUAUCCAUACUCAAAUUAGAUUUUCCAAAAGAUAAUUUUUAAGAAAAAAAUAUGGCUGAAGAAGGAGUUGUGAUCGGCUGCCAUAACGUUGACCAGUGGAAUGAGCAGAUCGGAAAGCACAAGGCUUCUCAGAAACUGGCGGUUGUGGAUUUCACGGCUUCAUGGUGCGGCCCUUGCCGCGUGAUUGCACCGAUCUUGGCUGAUUUCGCCAAAAAGAUGCCCCAUGUGACCUUCCUCAAGGUUGAUGUCGAUGAAGUCGAGACUGUUGCUCAAGAGUAUUCAGUGGAGGCAAUGCCAACAUUCUUGUUCUUUAAGAACGGAGAGGUGGUGGACAAGGUUGUGGGUGCGAGGAAAGAUGAUCUCCAUGCCUGCAUUGUUAAGCAUUCGGGAGCGGCUGCUGCUACUGCAUCUGCUUAGCUUCUGGAUCUUUGAUCAUCAACUUGUUUUUAUCUUCUUUGUUUCUUUGGGGUUAAAACCUUAGGUCUUGAAUAUUAUUUAUUGUCUUUGUAACCUUGGUUUAUAAAUCUGUGUUUGGUGUGAAGUUUCUGCAUGUUAUAUUGUUGCCCUGUUGUGUUGGGUGGAUAUCAUUCAUGCUCAUAUAAAGGAUAUGUGAUCAUAACAAAUUCACUUCUAUAUGCAACUUUAUAACUAUCUUAA